GAAGCCACUUCCGGCGAGGGACGCACAGAUAGAGAGCUGUCGGCUAGCUGUGCUGCUGUCUCUCGCAUGGCUAAAAACAUCACAAGAUGCUGCCUUGUUAUGUGGCAACAGACUUAAUUAACAUACUCGGUGUUAUCUUUGCAUUUUUAGCCCUCUGCUUUGCGCCGAGUGACUGAUGAUAAGGGAGAAAAUAGCAUUAACUGAAACAACUGUGGCGCUGUUCGGCUAACGUGGCUAGUUAGCUAGUGGAAGCUAACGUUAGCAUUAGCGACCAAACAGAGACACUCCAAGAUGGACGAAGCUGCUGCUGCCGCGAUCAAUGAGGACGGAGCUGGGGACAACGGAGACACAGGGACUGAAAACAACGCCGGUACAUCGGCCGAGGACUCCGCUGAUAGGGUUUUCUGCUGUGGGGAUUGUGGAGAAGCCUUCAGAGACGAGGCAGCGUACUUGGAGCAUCGCCAUCAGCACCCGCAAGAAAGCGUAUAUUUAGAUGGACAGUCGGAUGGUUCACAUGAUGCAGAAAAGGACAAUGAAACGGCUAAUUUCUGUACUAUAUGUUCACUGUCAUUUGUUGAAACAAGUGAAUUCCACUCACAUGUGAAAAAUACCCAUGGUAAAACUUCCCAAAAGGAGUCUAAUAUUCCUGGAGUCUCAAAGCAACACACCUAUGAAUGUCCAGACUGCGGCAAAUGUUACGGUGUGAUCGGACACUUUCUCAACCAUCAGCGCUCACACAGACAAGCCUCCAAAUCCGUUUUUCAUGACCUUGAACAUUUGCAGAAAAAGGCCUUUCAGUGCGAGUCUUGUGGGCGGAAUUAUUCUCGUGCUUCCGCUCUCGAUGCACAUCGCCGUUGUCAUGAGGAGAAGUUGGUAAAAUCACGAACUAGAGGUUCAGGAGAAGCCUUUCACACUGAGGAGCCGAUAGUUGAAGCCAAGCCUGCUGAACACCAGGCAGAUGAUCCUCCUGAAAAAUGUUUCGAGUGUUCAUGUGGUAAAGCUUUUAGUGCAAUGAUGCGCCUUAAAACGCAUCAACGAUUUAGCCGCAACAGUCAGUGCUCUAAAGAAGAAAAGAAAGAAAAACCAAAUAAAAGCUGCAGUGAGUUUUACUGCAGUGAGUGUAAAAAGACUUUCAAUGGCCAUAUCGCCCUCUUCAACCACCAGCGAUGGCAUGCUAAUCACUCAGAUGAUUCUGCGAAAAGGUUCCCAUGUGAGGAAUGUGGGAAAGUAUUUAUGACUUUAACGUUCUACUACAGACAUCAGCGCAUGGCGCACAGCGACGAGACUCCAGCAAAGUCGUUUCUUCAUCAAGUGUAUCAGCUACAGAAGAAGGCGUUUGAAUGUAAAGAGUGUGGGCUGAAGUUUUCCAGGGCUUCAGCUCUUCACUCCCAUGAGCUUCAUCACACGGAUGUUUUCAGAGAAACCGAGAAGGAGGCUCAGGCGCGCUCCUCUCUGCUACCUCAACAGAAAACUUUAGAAAGCGACAGUAAAGAGACUGAGCAGGAAGAAGUGGAGUCAGAGAACGAGCCUCCUGUCUUUAUGGUUGAAGAUUCACAUGUAAAUGAGAGUGAUGAAGAGGUGGAGAGUUAUGAACCUGGGGACUUUAACGUACAGGUGAUCAGUGCGAGUGAAUCAGAGGACGAGCCCGUCCAAGACCUCAAUCCUGACCUCGAGCUGCUGUGUGAAUCAGAUCAGGAAGCACGAGAGGAUGGCGACACUGGAGUUUCCUCGAGUAUUCUUGUUUCAAAACAAGAUAUGGAUUUGAAAAUUGUACAAAUUGACUUUGAGCAAACUGAAGAGGAGGUUGCGCUGAUGGCGGGUGAGGCCGGGAAUCCAUCGACAGAGCAAAGAUUUGAUUGCCCAGAUUGUUACCGUUGGUUUUCUAGUGCCUCAUCACUGCGUGUUCACAGAAUGUGGCAUGGCGUCCGUAAGAGAAGACAGCAGACUCAAGGUCAGUCAGUGGCAGCUCACACAUGCGACACAUGUGGCCAUGAAGCCAGUAGCUAUGCAGAACACUGCAGUCACAUUCAGCAACACAAGAGUCAAAACACAAGCAAUGAUGAUGAUGAGGCAGAGGGGUUAGAGAAGAAAAACCUUGCAUGCAGUGAGUGCGGUAAAUGCUUCUCACGUUUGUCCGCUCUAGUCUCUCAUCAGCUGCAUCAUCCCAAAAGAAAACAAUUUCAAUGUCCAGAUUGCAUGAUGUCUUAUUUGCACGCAGCUAGCCUGUUUAACCAUAUGAAAAACUGCUCCGCACAAAAAAAGGAAAAUAUUUCAGCCACUAAGAAAGAAUAUAAUCCAAAGAAAACCCUUCUAGGCCCAAAGAUUUAUCAUUGUGAACAAUGCGGGAAGGGUUUUUGGUCUCUAGGAGCUUUCUCCCACCACAAGCAAAGUCAGACUCAGUGUACAGAUUUGAGGCUAAGAAAAGGCUUCACAGGGUCUCUGCACUCUGUUAAUGGACACCAGCGCUCUAAGGUUGCAUGUCCAGUGUGUGGUAGAAAGUUUCGUCACAAGGGCAUUAUGGCGUUGCACAUGCGAAAACAUGAAAAUGGAAAUCACAAAUGUGAACUGUGCAACAGGUCGUUCCGUCUUUUCUCCAGUCUCCUGAGACACCAAGUUGUACAUAGUGACCAGUUACUCCCACCGCCCAUUAAGUCUUUCCAGCAUCAGGUUGAACAGUUGAAAAAGAACACCUACAGCUGCCCCGACUGUGGAAAGCUGUUUUCACGGGCCAAAGCCCUUCAGUUUCACAUGAAAAGCCAUGGCUAUGAGACUGGCCACAUGCCAUCAUCGCCAAGAUCUACCGUCACGCUGGAGGAUCUGCAGUGUGCAACAUGCCUCGCACAUUUCAACAACAAGGCCUCUUUGAGAGCUCAUCAAAAACUUUGCAUUAAAAGAGAUUCUUAUUUUAAGACAGAACCCUCAGAAACUAAUAGUCUAACAUUGCACAAGGAUAGCAUGGAUUUCCACACACAGGAAAGCUCCAAGCAAAUAACAGCACACACUGUUAAAGUAAAGAGUGAAAUUGACAGCGGCGAAAUAAAGAUGGAAAUUCAAACAGAUGAUGGCAACUUGGAAAACCCAAGUAAUUUAAAGUACAAAUGCAAAAAGUGUGACAGAAGCUUUUCAGUUGUUGGAGCUUUGAAUUUUCACAAAAGAGUUCAUGCUGAAGAUAAAAAAUCUGUAGCAAAAGCAAAACUGGGCAUGUCUGUAAUGCUUAAAAAACCUAAACAGGAAGAGCCAAGUAAAGGACUAUUUCACUGCUCAGAAUGUGGGAGGAGAUUCAUGUCCAACUCGGCCCUCGGCUCCCACAAAAGAUGGCACAAAGAAAAGAAAUUCUCCCGGUCCUUGUUUAAAGAUGAUGAUUUGAAAUCUCUUAACCACAAGACAGAGGACGGACCUUUUCUCUGCCACAAAUGUGGCAAACAGUUUUUUAACCAUCGUGUUCUCCAGCGCCACCAGAUGUUUAACCCCCAGUGUCACACCAAAACUGAGCCAGAGCCUGAUGCAAACAAAAAUGUCAAGAGCAGCAGCACACUGGAAAACUCAGAGUUAUCAUACCCAGAAUAUAACGAACCAUUUGAGACAGGCUCACUGCCGGCUACCCACCAUGAAAAUGAGCACAAUGACACUUUGGAAGCUGCAGAUCAUGAAGGAGACGGACUCAGCGUGGUUGACAAAGUCCCAGAUCACUUAGAUGUCAACUCAAAUGGAAGUGAGUCCAUGUCAUCAACACUAAAGCUUAAAGUGUACCAGUGUCCCCUCUGCUCUAUGACCUUUGCUAAAGCAAGAGGUCUUCGUGCCCACAAAUGGCAGGCCCACUCGAAGAGGACAAGAGGUAAAAAUAAGGCUCUUGUUAGAGUAAAAACAGAGUCCAAACAGAGAGAAGACGACACUACUGAGACAGUGAAAAUUAGCCGUGUUGGCAGACCGAAGAAAAUCAAAUCAGACCAGCCACUUGUAAAAUUUGUCCUCUGCCUUGACUGUGGGAAGCAGUGCAGCUCUCCAGGCGCGCUCCUUGACCACAGGAAAGUUUGCCCCGGGAACAAGCAGGAGGUGAAACAGGAGAUCCAGACUGCUGACCCCAAAGCUGAAGGCUCCCCACCUCUUAGCCGUCUGUCAGAGCAUACAGCCAAAUGUCUCUUCAAGUGUGAUAAGUGUGGGAAAGCUUUCCAAACAGAGGAACAACUGGGAACCCAUAAGACCAAGGCAAAGAGCCGGCCUCACUGCUGCGCCCUGUGCUGCCACGGCUUCUGGACCGAAAACCAGCUGCAGCAACACCUCGCCUGGCACGAUGAAGUCCGCUGUCGUCUCCCCAACGAGGUUCGGUACAGGCUCAGCGCUGCUAUGACCCCGAAGCCUUUAAAACCCAACGUCCCCUCCGCUGACACCAGAGGGACAUCAGACAGCCUGGCACAGAGUAGCCAUAAGUGCCAGCACUGUGGCAAAGCCUUUCUUUCACCAGCUGCAUUACAAAAACACGAAACUCAGCACUGCAACGACUCGUAUCACUGCUCCAUCUGCCCCAGGACCUUCAGUGAGAUACAGGACCUUAUCGACCAUCACCAGGAAUGUAUCGGUGAUUACAGAAGGCAGAGUGACGCCCCCGCUGCUGUCUCCUCAGGAGAUACUCACGGCCUUACAUGCCUUGAAUGUGGAACUACUUUUUGUCAAGAAACUGAUUUGCACCAGCACUAUAUUGAACAUGCCCAUGGAGUCAGUUAAACAGUAAAACCUGAAAAGGACUCGAGUGAAGACACUGUAGAUUGUGGAUUUUUGUUGCUUUUGAAAGUUGCCAAACUACUUUAAACAUGUUAAACUUCCUUGUGUGUAGGCUAAGUAGAAACAUGCUUUCCCGGUUUGUUUAUAUAUAAUUUGAGAGUCUUUAUAUAUAUAUAUAACUGUUCCUUGUGUUAUUUUCCUAUGCUCAGGCCUAACUUUACACUGGAUUAAUAUGUGUACAUAUGUUUAGGAUUAAUCCCUUUUUAUAAACUUAAUGUUGAGAUGUAACAAUGAUGGUUUGAUUUGGCUCUGUUUUGAAUGCAGCUGACCCUUGUUAAUCUCUUUAGGGAUCACUGAAGAACGUAUGGUAGCUCAUAUCUAGAUAUAUUAAAAGAAUCGGAAACAUUUAUGCAUGUACAUGUUUGUCCUCAAAACAAAAGGUGCAGCUGACACACUACUUAUUCCAGAGUUUAUGAAUACAUUCUGCUGCUAAUUCAUACUAAUGUUGCUUGUGUCAUAUUGAGGUUUGGCAGUGAGGUAAUGGUAUUUGAAAUUCAACAAUGUGCACUGUUUAUGUAAAUUGGGAAAAAAAGGAAAAAAGUCCUGAUGACUAUUACAGACCUUAAAAUAAUUUUAACAAUCAAAUAAUUGUAUGUUACCAACAAUAUGGUUUGCAUUAAUUGAUGUAUAAACUCCCAUGAUCUUUCAUUUUCAGUGUUAUUUUUAUUGGGGAAAGACCUUAUUACUUAAACUAAAAUAGCUUAUGUUCAUGUAGGAUAUCUGUUAGUUUAUGGCACUAAUGGGAAUAGGUAUUUGUAUUGUGCUAGAUAUUACUUUGCUUAAUUAAUUUUUUGAUUCUUUUGUUUUCCCUAGAUGACCAAUAUACCCUUUGACUACUUGUUUUACUGGUUGUUUCUGAAACAAAAAGUUGAAAAUAAACUGAUGAACUUUUGCGUGAA